AUGCCUGGUGGAUCAGUUUACACUGGAGGUGAUGAAUCGAUUUCACUUCCCUCCAAAUCAUUGGAACAAGAAUCUGAUUCCAAUUGGAGUUUUCCAGAUACAGAAAAUGUAAGUAUAGAUACAUCAGGAAAUAAAUCUAGUCAUCCUGAAAGUUUUGACGAUCCAAUUACUGUAUCCUAUUCAGUACCUAAUAUUGUGAACAGGUUACCAAUGUCGACUUCGGCUGCAGCAUCAAAGGAAAAACAAACUGAUGGAGACAGAAAGAAAUAG